AUGUUUGUGGCCAAAUGGUCACUCCCCUUUCUACACAUACUCUUGUUCAACGCGGUAUUUCAAUCUCGCGCAGGCGAGCCACAUUCUCAACUUAGCACUCGGGCUCCUCCGACAACCGCGCCUAAACUCGUGUUCGCUCACUUCAUUGCUGGAUUGACGAUCAAUUACACGCGGGAUGAUUGGAAAAAUCAAAUUACCCUGGCGGCCUCUCAUGGAAUAGAUGCCUUCGCUCUCAACGUAGGAACUCCAGACAGUUGGCAAGUUGAUCAGGUCACCACGGCAUAUGAUGUGGCAACACAAGUUACUGGAACCAACGGCCAACCAUUUCAAUUGUUCCUUUCGUUGGAUAUGUCUGUUAUCCAAACUGCCAAUCAAGUCUCCAGCUGGGUCACGAAGUUUGCUCCGAUGAAGUCACAAUUGCUUAUUGGAGGCAAAGCUUUUGUCUCGACAUUCGCGGGCGAAAACAAUUCAUUUGGUGCCACCAACACCUCGAUGGGCUGGAAUGCUGCAUUAAAGGCCCCCCUAGCUGCAUUAAGCCCACCUAUGCAAGCUGCCUUCGUACCUGUCUGGAGCAGCUUGAACCCCAGCACAGCUGUGUCCACGAACCCAGUCGUGGAUGGCAUAAUGACUUGGAAAGCCUGGCCCACGGGGAAUGACACCAUAAGCACAUCGGUCGACUUGCAAUUUCAAGCUGAUGCCAAGAAAAAUGGCAAGCUGUACAUGGCAUCUGUCAGCCCGUGCUUCUACACGCAUUAUUCUGACAAAAACUUCAUGUUCAAAUCAGACGACAACCUUUAUGUUAACCGAUGGAAAGAGCUCAUUGCCAUGCCUACCCAGCCCGAUUUCAUUCAAAUUGUGUCUUGGAAUGACUAUGGCGAAUCUCAUUACAUUGGCCCUAUAGCGGGAAGUCCACCUGCUGGCACAAACUGGAUUUCGGGAUUUGAUCAUCAGGCAUGGUUGGAUAUGACAGAUUAUUUUAUUAAAUGGUAUAAGACCGGCUCUCCCCCUACGAUCACUCAAGAUAAAGUGUACUAUAAUUAUAGGCCCCACUCAGCCACGGCCGUUGCAGACACCGACCCCUUAGGACCUCCUCCAAAUGCAACGGUAUCGAAGGAUGCAGUUCAUGCUGCUGUGUUCCUCACCCCUGACUCGCCUGCUCAGCAGCUCAAGAUAACCAUUGGCACCGCGAGUCAAGUGUUUAAUCAAAUGAAACCGGGGUCGAUUUCCACAUUUUCAGCACCAUGGAGCGGCAACGGUGGGGAUGUCCGGGUGGAGCUGUUAGAUGGCUCAGGAAAGCCAUUACUCAGCGGAAGUGGAAAACGUUCGAUUAGUAAUGCCAUUCGCGAAUACAACUUCAACUAUGCCAGCGAGUUGUUGACGAAGGAAGUUGCAUCUAAUGCGACAUCUUCUCCCACCAAAUCCAACGCGAAGUCGGACUCCCCGCAUGUUGAGAUUUCAUCCUUAUUGUACAUCAGUGCAAUCACAGGAACGGUGGCUCUAUUUUUAUACUCCUUUUGA